AUGGCCGAUGAGAUUACGCCUGUCGGCGAUACACACAGAAUGCCAAAAUUAUAUGAAUCGGUACUUCCAGACCUUGGUCGUCUACUUCUUAGUCAACACUUGCCAUCUGUGGAUGGCAAAACUGUCACAGUUGAUGAGUUUGCCGCUGCAGUAGAGAAAGCAAAAUCACAUAUUCAUAGCAAGAAAGUUUUUCUUCAACUACACAUACUUCGACCAGAUUAUGUGCAAUUUCUUGUUGAUAGGGAAGCUUGGGAAACAUUCUGCGGAACUCCAGCCCAGAAAGCCCAUCCAAACUACAGACCCUUUCCAAGAAAAGAUCCUCGAAUUGAUAAUCCUCUUCCUCAGUAUUUUGACCCCAACACUCUUACACCUGAUAGUUAUGGUCUCAUCUAUCGCGAUAAUUUACACCCAGAUUGUCCUAACUGCAACUGUGGCAUCAUUUCCCGAAGUGAUUCCGAGAAACAACACAUAUAUGAAGAUGGGGGUGUUCGGAUGACUACACCUAAAGAAGAAUAUUUUGCUUAUCAGAACGAGCUUGAUGAGUUUCGUGAGAGACUUGAAGCUAAGUCUAAGAGACUAGGUUAUAAAGACGCUGAUGAGCGGUGGGAGAAGGAGUGUGAGAUUCAACAGGCUGAGGAAGAUGAGAGGAUCAGAAAUGAGGAUGAGCCAAAGGGAAAUUCUGAUGUAGAGGCAAUCAAGAUCAAUGAGGUGGGUAUCGUGGAAAAUGCAGAAGAGUCAAAGGAGACAAAGAAAAAGGUUGAUCCAGUGACAAUUAAGAUCGACGAGGAGGAGAUCCUAGAGAACGCAGAAGAGGCAAAGGAACCAAAGACAAAGACAAAAGCUACGACAGAAAAGUCGAAGGUAAAGAGUACCAAUAAGCUUUGUUCUGGUUGUUUCUGCAUGUAG